CCUCAACGCUGACGGAGGAUCGUGACUCUGAGGAUACACAAUCCGUUGGUACUGGAGCAGUUUGCCAGGAGGCAGAGGUGCCACUGACAUCCGCCAGGGGGUGGAGGAGCCCGCUGCGUCCACCAGGGGGUGGAGGAGCCCGCUGCGUCCACCAGGAGGGGAAGUCCAGUGCCAUCGCCCGGCAUCAUGUAGGUUACGCAACACACUGUUUUGUGUCACCAAUAAAGACUAGUGGAGGAAAAACCUACAGGGUUCAUCAGCAAGGCAAUGAAUGAAGUAGGAGCCAGUGGGCGGCCCAGAGGGCAGCAGAAGUUCAUCAGUAUGGAUGUGGAUGAAGAAGAACACAUGAGUUCGUGUAGCAUGGAUGUUAAAGAAAACCGCAACCUGGACAACCUUUCUUCCAAGGGGAGGCUGGGAGAGGGGCCUCACUUAGCCAAUAGGAGCUCAAGGGGAUUGGGCAAGAAACGCCCUCUAGAGGAGGGCAACAAGAGUCACAGCCACUCCAAAUUCCGUCCCAAGAAGCGCAGGAAAAUGCAAGGGCCGGUCUUACCGAAAAAUGCACUGAUGCAACUUAACGAAAUUAAACCAGGACUGCAGUACAAAUUGCUGUCUCAGACGGGGCCAGUGCAUGCACCCUUGUUCAUUAUGACUGUUGAAGUUAAUGGUCAGUUGUUUGAGGGUUCUGGCCCAACGAAGAAGAAAGCCAAACUGAAUGCAGCCGAAAAAGCAUUGCGUUCUUUCGUUCAGUUCCCAAAUGCAUCUGAAGCUCACCUUGCGAUGGGACGCACGCUAACAGUCAAUGCAGACUUCACUUCAGACCAGGCGGAUUUCCCCGACACGCUAUUUAACGGAUUUGAGACGCCAGCGCCGCCUGACGACCCGUUCUACCUGAGUCUCAGCAGCAAUGGGAGGCUUUGCUCCCUUAAUAAAUGCUCAUUGCCUGUGACUCAAAAAAAUAACAAGCUGGGACACCCACCUCUUCCGCUCACCUCUGUGCUCACAGCACCCCCUGCUGGCAGUGGCAAAAACGCAGUGAUGAUCUUAAACGAGCUUCGACCAGGACUGAAAUAUGAGUUUGUGGCGGAGAGCGGUGAGAGCCACGCCAAGAACUUUGUUAUGGCGGUCACUGUGGAUACACAGACGUUCCAAGGUUUCGGGCGAAAUAAAAAGCUGGCGAAAGCAAGGGCAGCUCAAGCAGCGCUAUCGGGACUUUUUAACAUGCAACUGGACCAGACACCAUCCCGUCAGCCAAUCCCAAGGGAAGGACUGCAGCUACACCUGCCUCAGGUUCUUGCAGAUGCUGUCUCUCAUUUGGUUGUGGAGAAGUUCAGCGAGCUGACAGACAACUUUUCUUCUCCACAUGCACGACGAAAAGUCCUGGCGGGUGUUGUCAUGACAACUGGUAAGGAUGUGAAGGAUGCCCAGGUGAUCUGCGUCUCUACUGGAACCAAGUGUAUAAAUGGAGAGUACAUGAGCGAUCGGGGCCUCGCUCUUAAUGACUGCCAUGCUGAGAUAAUUGCACGCCGCUCCCUUAUCAGAUAUCUGUACAGUCAACUGGAGUACUUCCUCAGUGAUAGUAAAGAGGAAAAGGAGAAAUCCAUAUUCAGAUGGUGCAGUGAACAUGGCUACCGGUUAAAAGACGACAUUCAGUUUCAUCUGUAUAUCAGCACGUCACCCUGCGGAGACGCCCGAAUCUUUUCUCCUCAUGAGGCUGGUGCCGAGGACCAGGGUGACCGGCAUCCGAACCGAAAGGCCCGUGGACAGCUGCGAACCAAGAUCGAGUCUGGGGAAGGAACGAUACCCGUUCGUACGAGUAACACCAUUCAGACUUGGGAUGGAGUCCUGCAGGGAGAGAGACUACUGACCAUGUCAUGCAGCGAUAAGAUCGCCAGAUGGAACGUGAUCGGAGUACAGGGAUCUCUUCUGAGUUAUUUCAUGGAACCCAUCUAUUUCUCGAGUUUAAUUCUUGGCAGCCUCUACCAUGCAGACCACCUGUCCAGAGCCAUGUACCAACGCAUCACUGACAUGGAUGAUCUGCCCCAGCCAUUCACCGUCAACAGACCCCUCCUUAGUGGUAUCAGCAACACAGAAGCAAGGCAACCUGGGAAGGCUCCCAACUUUAGCGUAAACUGGACGGUUGGAGAUCAGGAGUUAGAGAUCAUCAACGCCACCACGGGGAAAGAUGACCAAGGACGAGCUUCUCACCUGUGCAAACAUGCCCUCUACAGUCGCUGGGUCUGUCUACAUGCCAAGCUCACCGAAGCGCUGAGGAUCCAGGGUUCUCGGCCAGGCUCCUACCAUGAGGCAAAGCAAGCGGCUGUGGAGUAUCAUACAGCAAAACAGACUCUAUUCAAAGCUUUCUACAAAGCGGGGCUCGGAGCGUGGGUUGAAAAACCUAUCGAACAGGACCAAUUUACCCUCACUCCCUGAGAUGCACAAAGAGAAAGAGAAAAUGUCACAAAGUUUUAAUCAAACCAUGCACAGUUCUUUUUUCCUCUUUCUUGUCACUCUUUUUCCCCUGAUAUUAUUGCAAUUCGCAUGGCUCCUUCUAUCAGUUAAAGGUGCACUCAGUAAUUAUUUUGUUUGUUGCGCAGGCCAAAAUGGCAAUUGUUUUUAGAAAUGCGAUAUUGGAUGUUAGCCAUUAACUUAUUCUGCAGUUAAAAGUGUCCAAUAAUUGGGUUGUCAUUAAGAUAAAGUGGGUAGUAUUUGACCGGUUAUAUGAUUAUGAGGCAGCCUAAUCCAUAUAGAAUAAAAUCUUUUUUAAGGCUAUUGAUAUGAUUUGAGUCUUCAUCUCAUUAGGGGUCCAUGAGCCAAAGGUGCAGGAACCCUAUUGUAUUUGAUCAGAUUUUCUUCAUAUUUUAGCCCUAAAUGUGUCUGUGAGUCAGAGACAGUAAGUUGUAGACAUUCCAAAAUUGGCAGGAUGGUUCCAAAUCCCCCCCACAACUCAGGCGUACAGACACACAUCCUUCAGACCUUAGGUGGCACUAUUGCGAACAAAACAAACAAAAAUCACAUUUUGGGCCAUAAAUCUUGAACCGUAAGGGCUAGAAACAAAAUAAUAAUAAUUCCUCUGAUUCCUUGCAUCAUGCUGAAGAGUUUUAUCCCUUGACUGAAUUUUGCUCCACCCAUUCGAUUUCCUGCUAUUUUGGAUUGUUUGAAAAAAAUUCUUAACAAACUCAUCCUAGGCCAUUUGUCCAUUUGCAAAAUGAUUCAGCAGAGUCACAAUAUGAAACGUUAUCAAAGGACUUUUGAAAUUUAUCGUCAAACGGUAUGCAAAAAUGUUUGUAGUGGGCAUGUCCAUUUUACUAAAACGGUUAUAACUUUUCAACGGAUUGAGGUAUCACCAAAUUUGGGAAACGUAUAAAAAUAUUGCACACCUUUUCCUCUUGGUGGCGCUAAUACAUUUAAAUACAUCUUUAAAAACAUGACCGCCAUCAACCAAUCAGCUUUCAGCAGCUUUUAUGUAGGGUUAAAUAAGGCUGAUUGGAACUAAACUUGGGAAGCAUAUUUAUCUAUUGGCCCAAGAGGUUUGUGCAAAAUUUGACAUAAAUUGGCCGACUGGAGGUGCUAUUGUGUUUUACAUGCUUGUAAAUUGUUGUGUAUGCGCAUGUGUUUAAAAAAGAAACAUGUUAUACAGACCAUGCUGUAAACCUCCUCAUUCUAAACAACUUUGCCUAAAGCACCAUUGGUUUGAACAAAACGUUCAAUAAAUACAUGAGAUUAUUUUAAAAGAUUACUUUUUCAAACUAUUUGUAGGCCAUUUGCCCGAUUGUAUGCAAAUAGUAUGCACCUCUACCUCUUGGUGGUGCUAUAAUGGUUAAAAACAAAUAUGGCUCUAACUAUGGAACCGUUGGUCCAGUCGACUGUUUAUUUGUCCAAGGUGUCAUCAAGGUCUAUGAGGACAGUCGAAUUUUUGAAAAAAUUUUCGAAAAUUGCCGCUUGUGGCUAUAUUUUUAAAUAUGUUUUUAAAAAGUACAAUUAUAUUAAAACAUUUUUAAUGAGGGGAAAAAUACUGAGUGCACUUUUAAAAACAUGGUUGCAUUUAAAGCUCUUUAUAUUUGGAAUGAAUAUUUCGUCUCAGGUUUCCACUUCAUUGUAAAUUCAGUAUGGGUAGUUGGUUUCCUGUUUAAAUGUUCUAAUAUUUGUCAUCAGAUUUCUCGUUUAAUGUUACAAAUGUCAUGCCAUUUCACUGCAAAACAAUAAAAAGACGUAUGGCACCAACCGCUAUCUAUAGAAAACCAGAUUUAUCAGCUAGCCACUGUGGAAAGAUUUAUUUCUUAAACGGUGAGAUGGGAAUUUGAUAGUCAGAUGUUUAUGAAUGAUUGUAAAUAAGUAAUUUGUGUAAAAUUACUGUUUUAAAGAUUGACUCUUCAUUAAACUAUUAAUUUGAAAGGAGAUAAACAUUCGACACUAUACAGCACUUGAGAAUAUAAUAUAAACCCUAUAGAAUCAUGUUUGCAGCAUUUAGGAGACACUGUUAUGGUCCUAAAACCAUUGCCUUUAUCGAAGUGGUUUUCCCUGAUACUUUCAUACUGUUUGAAAUUGACUUGUUACUUAUUACCUUUAAGCUACUGCACUGAUCCUUUAAAGGUGUUCUGUUUUAGUUUUGGGUAGUUUUCUUAUUUGGGUAAUAUUUCUCUCUCGGCUCAGCAGGAGUUCUGGAAUAAACUCAAGAACUCAACCUGUUACGAUGUUGAAACAACUUUUUCUUGUAAAUUCCCAUGGAGCCACUGUGUUUUGCAAUUCAGGAUGCUCUACUUAUUGUCUGAACUAGGGGUCCCCAAUGGAUCCCUUAUGUUUGAUUUGGUUCAGUCACGCCUGAAUCAGAACUUCCUUUAAACUCUGCAUCCAAACAAGACAAAGACUCAAACACUGCAUGAGUUUUGGCAUGAAAAUACAAUAAAGAAAAGAAAAACUC